AUGUCGCAAACGUCCGGGAAUGAUGGCGUUUGUGCCAUAUUCAUUCAUGCCGGAGCGGGCUUCCACAGCCACGAGAAUGAGGACAAGCAUUUGAGGGCCUGUGAAGUAGCUGCGCUCAAGGCCAUGGCAUUCUUAAAGAGUGGUGGCACCGCCAUUGACGCCGUCGAAGCAGCCCUGAUGGUGCUUGAAGAUAACCCGAUUACAAAUGCAGGGUUUGGGAGCAACUUAAACGCAAAAGGGGUGGUUGAAGGCGAUGCCUCGAUUGUCGACCAUCACGGGCUAAGUGGAGCGGUUGGAGCUGUGCCCAACAUCAGGAACCCGAUCAUGCUUGCUCGGAAGAUUUAUGACAAGUCCAAUGUGCAGAUGGGCAUGUCAAGGGUGCCCCCAAACUUCUUGGUCGGAGAAGGUGCCAAGGACUUUGCAUGGGAGCAUGGCAUGGUGAUCAUGCCCGAGGAAGCCUUGAUCUCGCCCGUCGCUCUAGAGCGUUAUCAGGUAUGGGCCCAAGAAGUCGAUGAUUAUGAAAAUGAAACCCGCAGCGAGGUGAUCGAUCCCUGGAUUCGCCGUCCCAUGACUCCCCUUGACGCUCGCCUUGAACGUCUCGAGCGUGCUUCUCAACCAGUUCAACCCGUAGCUCAUCCUGCCACCCAUGCAGCAGACGAGGAAAUUAGAAUCCUAUCCGAUCCAAGCCUUCUCGCAGAUGUGAAGGGGCGCCCAGGAGUGUCUCUGGAACAUCAAACUCAGAAAAAGGCCAAGCUCGCAAAUUCGCGUCUACCUGUGCGGCCUGUCUCACCUGUAUCCUCAUCUCGGGAUGGCAGCCCCGAUGCCGCCGAUAGUGAACAAGACGAGGAGGAUACGAUCACAGAUACCGUUGGCGCGAUUGCCGUUGACAAGUAUGGAAACAUUGCAGCAGGAUCUUCUUCUGGUGGCAUUGGCAUGAAGCAUCGAGGUCGAAUUGGACCUGCUGCCCUAAUUGGCAUUGGCACCCAUAUUAUUCCGCAAGACCCAACUGAUCCGGAUGGAACCACAUGUGCAGUCGUUACGUCUGGGACCGGAGAGCUCAUCGCCUCAACACUGGCGGCAAGCACCUGCGCGCAAAGGAUGUAUUACAGCCAGAAGAUGGGCGACAACGGCGUUUUUACCCAGGUGAUGGAGGAAGAAGCCCUCAAGUCGUGGAUGAAAAGGGAGUUUAACGAACACACUGCCGUGAGUAACAGCAUUCUCUUUGGGGCCCUCGGAGUGGUCAUUGUGAAGAAAAACAAUUCCGGCAUCGAACUCUACUUUGCUCACAACACCGAUUCUUUCGCCAUUGCCUCUAUGUCUAGCAAUUCGAACAGACCGUCUUGUCUAAUGUCGCGAGGCUCGCGAGGACACAUUGCCCAGGGAGGUUGCCGAAUCAGAUUUCCAAAUUAUUAA